AUGGGUACUAACCAUCCUACUGAAUCAGCUAUGGGACAUUGGAAAGAAGGAUGGCUUAAGGGUUACUGGAAAGGAAACCUUCCACAGGUCAUUCGCAUAAUUCCUUAUAGUGCAGUGCAACUCUUCUCGUAUGAAGUUUACAAGAAAAUUUUCCGGAGAAAGGAUGGAGAGCUUUCUGUAUUUGGGAGACUUGCCGCUGGUGCUUGCGCGGGCAUGACAUCUACACUUGUAACUUACCCACUGGAUGUUCUCCGGCUCAGGCUAGCAGUUCAAUCUGGACACAUCACUUUAUCUCAGGUUGCUCUUAACAUGCUGAGAGAAGAAGGGCUGGCCUCCUUCUAUGGAGGCUUGGGUCCAUCUCUUGUAGCAAUUGCACCUUACAUUGCUGUGAACUUCUGUGUUUUUGACCUGAUGAAGAAAUCUGUACCAGAGAAGUACAAGAAUAGACCAGAAACAUCUCUAGCAACCGCUCUUCUUUCAGCAACAUUUGCAACUUUGAUGUGUUAUCCGCUGGACACUGUUAGGAGACAGAUGCAGAUGAAAGGCACACCAUACAAUACUGUUUUUGAUGCUAUUCCAGGUAGUUAUGCUAGCAUUGCAUGAGCUAAUGGCUAAUACAU